ACAAUUUAAAUUGUCACUUGCAUAACAAGUCCCCAAAGUAAAACAUGUGAAUGAGGACUGUUGCGAAAGUCGAGCGAGAGAGAGAGAGAGAGAGAAAGAAAACGAGAGAGAGAUUAAAAAAAGAGAGAGAUGAGUUCCACUCCACCCAUCCGUGUCCAAUGUGAGGGGGAGGUGAAACAGUUGAGCGCUUACUGUGCUGUUAACUGGCGUUGUUUAGACGUCUUGGUCCGGGGAAAGAGACUCGUCAAGACGCCUCUCCACCAGAGUUCAACCCAGUGGGAGCAACAAUGACCUCCCAUGUGAAACUGCGAAAGGAGAGGAUGGGUAUGGUGGACUACGACACUCAAAUCAAAGAGGUGCGUUGCCAGCUUGUAGACCAGCUGAAGGUCUUGGACGUGCAACUUGAGCAGAAGAGCCAGCAGCUGCAGGACCUGACGGACUACCUGCGCCGGCGGGGGGAAAUUGAAAGCGAGUAUGCCCGCUCCCUUGAAAAACUCUCUGAAAGGUUCACGUCCAGGAUCAAAAGGAAGGAGCCCAGCAGUCACUCUGUGUCCCAGGUGUGGCUGGCUCUGCUUUCCCAGACCCGCCAAGAAAGUAAGGACCGCAGCGCAAUGAGUGAGCGCUGCAGCAACUUCCUCAUCCAGCCCCUCGCGCACUGCCUGGAGUACACACAGCGCCUUGCCAAGAAGAGUAAAGACAUCUGUAGUCAACUGCAAGAUGGACUACUCAAGGUCACCACAGAGCUUCAGACUGCUUGGCGAACAUACUUCCAGUACCACUCGGACUACGUGAGUGCAGAAGGGAAGCUGAAGGAGGCAGAGAAACAGGAAGAAAAACAAAAGCAGAGUGCUUCUAAGAAGCUGGAGAGGUUGAUAGAAAAAAGACAAGGUAAAGUCCAGGAGAUCGACUUGAAGUGCACCAAGGCCCGAAACGAUUACCUCCUAAACUUGGCUGCAGCCAAUGCCUCCAUGAAUAAGUACUACCUUAAAGACAUCUCUACUCUCAUAGAUUGUGCAGAUGUGGGAUACCACCUCUCUGUAAGUCGGGUGAUGCAAGCUUACCUGUCCAGUCGGGGGCGUACCCAGGAGAGCCUGACCACGGGGCUGCAGCAGCUCCAAGAGACCGUCUCGGGACUGGACCAGUGCCACGACAGGGACACGCUGCUGCAGGAUCAUUAUAACACCUUCUGCAUGCCCCUCCGCUUCCCCUAUCAGCCCCACGAUGGAGACCAGGUUUCCGAGGUGUGUGCAGAGGGUGAGGUGCGAUGCGAGCUGGAGAUCAGAUUCAAACAGAUACAAGCAAGACUUAAUGUUGUGACUCCGGAAACAGAGGAGGCUGGUAACGGCAUGUUGGCGGCCCAGUCGUCCCUGCUGGAGAGUAUUGGAGAUGAUGACCUGGAUAUCACCGGUGGCUCAUCGCAGCAGGACAGCGCGCCCAGCGCACCCCGCCGGAGGGCCAAUGCACAGGAGAUAGAAACAGUCUACCUCGCUAGAGUAAAAGAACACCUCACACUCAGCUCCCUGGAAUCUAAACUGCAAGUGAAACAUGACUUGCUCAAAGUGGCUUUAGAGAAAGCAGAGCCAUCAAAUGCACAACGGCCUAGACACAAUGGAAAGAUGACCCGUCUCAAGAAGAAUCUCUCAAGUGCCAAUUUGAUGCACAACCACAAACUUUUUGGUGGAGACAUGCUGUCCUUCAUACAGGCAUCAGGACAACAGAUACCGAUUGUUGUGGAAAGUUGUAUCUGCUAUAUCAACCUUAACGGUCUCCACCAUGAAGGGAUAUUUAGAGUGCCGGGAUCUCAGGUGGAGGUCAACCACCUACGUGACUCAUUUGAGAAAGGAGAGGACCCCCUGGCUCAGCGGAGAUAUGAACUGGACUCCGUUGCUGGAGUGCUGAAGCUUUACUUCAGAAGUCUGGAGAAUCCCCUCUUCCCCAUCGACAGCACCAGCCUGCUCUUGGAGCAUGUCCAAAUUAAGAACGCGGAAGAGAGAGCAGCUCAGAUAAAAAUGGUCAUCUCUUCCUACCUUGAUCCCGUCAUAGUCGUCAUGAGAUACCUUUUUGCAUUCCUUCACCAUGUGUCUCAGUACAGUGACGAGAAUAUGAUGCAGCCUUACAACCUGGCCGUGUGCUUCGGGCCCAGCCUGGUAAGAGGGGCUCACGACGAGGACGUCGUCACUCUACAGCCUCAGAUAAACGCCCUGGUGAAGAGCAUCAUCGUCCAGCACGAAAGCAUCUUCCCCAGCCAGAGCAAGGUGCAAGGGCCGGUGUAUGAGAAAUGCAUGACACUGGAACAGGACGACUGUGAGACGAUCCUCGAGGAAGGAGACGCAGAAGCAGAGUGCAAAGACGCGUUGGAAACGGGAUCCUCAACUGACAGCGGCGCCUGCUCGUCUGCGGCGUCGACACAGAAAAGAACCGAACGCCCUCGAGCCAACAGCAGCGGAUCGAUUGACCAGAGCAGGUUGGCGGCUGGACGGCCGACGCUCCAGAUUCCCUUUGGACCGCAGUGCAAGCCGCGAGGCUUCGUGCGCAAAGAGGUUCAAUCUUCUGAGGACAUUGUCGUUAAAGUAGACAAGGAGGUUUGUCGCCAGAUGGACUCUGUCUUCAUUGAGCUUCUUUCACUGCAAGCGCAGCAGGAUCCCUCCUCCCCCGCCGCCUCCUCUCCCUCUGCCCAGGCUUUCCAGAAGAAGGGGAAGCGGGACGGGUGAAGAGGAGCAGCAGAUCCACUGGAAUGAGAAGACUGGCAGCAGUAGGGGAAUUGAAAAGAGAGUGAUUGGAACAAAUUGCCUGGAGGUGCUCUGACAGCCGCUUCCAGCACAUUUAUGUCUAGAAAACUAAAACCAUUGAUCCAUAGUCACUUCUCUGAGCUGCCUGAGAUUGGUUUGGGCCUAUUUCCACUGUGUGACUCCACACACACACACACAACUCUACAUUCAUGUUUCUUACAGUGUAACUCUGCAGUUGCCUGUAAUCAAGUGUAGAUUUCUUGAAAUGCACAAAUGUGUCUGUGCACAGCUGCAUGUGGUUAGGUUGUAGAUGAUCUUAUGUCUGCAUCUGUGUCUUUUUACAUUUGAUUACCACUUUCAAUCAAAUGUGUUUACGAACAUGAGAUGGGCUUUCCUGGUCGAUCAAACUGUGAAUACUCUAGCUGUAAGGAGUUUAGUAAAUUUAAUUUGUAACUUGCAAAACCAUGAAUGAUUUGUCCUUUAUGUCCUACAUGUCAAAUUAAUCACCAGAAAGACGGAGUAGACAAAAUAUUAAUCAGUAGUGAUAUUUUUGAUUUAUUAAAAUAAUUUUACUCUAACCCUUGAUUAUUUUUAUUAAAAGUAAAAUAAGCAGAGGCUAUUUUAGCAUAAGCCGUUUGGUGGUAAUGGAUGAAGUCAAAUCACAAACCUAAAUAAAUGGGAAAGUGAGAGAGUCUAAUAUGGUUAAUCACACCUGCAUUCAAACUCUUACCAAAAAUAUUUGUACUGCUUUGUCAUUUAAAAAUGUCUUAAAGUUAAGUCAUUAGUCAACAAAUGUCUUACUUAAGUCAUUAGUCAACAAAUGUCUUACUAUCAGUGCUACAGUAUUUUAUUAUACAUAAUUAACAAUUAGAAUUGUUCAAGUAUUUUAUUUAUUUAAAAAUAAUACAGAUUUGGACUAAGGGGUUAUCAAAUAAAGCAAAUGGCCAUAUGUCACACUAGACAAAAAGCAGUUUCGUACGUUGAUCAACGUCUAAAGAAAAUGUUUUUUGGGUUAUAUUUAUGAAUAAACAAUUCUUGCUAA